AUGGAGCUCGACCCACUAUGGCAGGAUCUCGAUUGGGCCAUUGGCCAGAUGCUCAUCAUGGGCUGGGAUGGCACCGAGGUCACGCCCCAGAUCCGCUCCUUGAUUGAGGACCACCAUCUCGGGACCAUCAUUCUGACGGCCAAGAACCUCAAGACGGCCCAAGAGACAGCCAAGCUGGUCCAGGAGCUUCAGACCAUUGCUCACAAAGCCGGCCACCCGAAGCCUCUACUAAUCGCCUUGGACCAGGAGAACGGGGGCGUAAACAGCCUGUUUGAUGAGGACUAUGUGUGCCAGUUCCCGAGCGCCAUGGGCGUGGCUGCCACGGGGCGCGUCGACCUAGCCUAUGAAGUGUCAAAGGCUACUGCGACUGAAGUUGGAGCAUGUGGCAUCAACCUUAUGCUCGGCCCUGUUCUAGACGUCUUGUCGAACGCCAGGUACCAGCCAAUCGGUGUCCGCGCCACGGGAGACGACCCUCAAGAAGUCUCUCAGUAUGGCAUUGCUGCCAUCAACGGUAUCCGGGAUGCCGGACUAGCUUCGUGCGGAAAACACUUUCCUUCGUACGGCAAUCUGGACUUCCUGGGUUCGAGCCUGGAGGUUCCCAUCAUCACUCAGACCCUCGAAGAAUUGAGCCUGAGUGCUCUGGUACCAUUCCGCAAUGCAAUCGCGACCGGUAAGCUCGAUGCCAUGUUCGUCGGGGGAUGUGGCAUCUCAAACCCGUCCAUGAACGUAUCGCAUGCUUGCCUAUCAAACCAGGUUGUGGAUGAUCUCCUACGGGAAGAGCUGGGGUUCGAUGGAGUCGCCAUCUCUGAGUGCCUCGAAAUGGAGUCCCUCGCACACGACCUCGGCGUCCAGAACGGAGUUGUCAUGGCUGUCGAGGCUGGCUGUGACCUUGUGCUACUGUGCCGAGCCUAUGAUGUCCAGCUGGAAGCCAUCAAGGGGUUGAAACUCGGAGUGGAAAACGGCAUCUUUGCCAAAGACCGGAUCUUCACUUCUCUACAGCGGGUGCUGCGGUUGAAGGACACCUGCACAUCGUGGCAAACCGCUCUCAACCCCCCUGGCAUCUCGCUUCUGUCCAAGCUGCACCCGAGUCACAUGGCGCUCUCGAGGAAGGCGUACGACGACUCCAUAACGGUCAUCCGAGAUAAGGAGAAGCUCUUGCCUCUGUCGCAGUCCAUGCAUCAAGAGGAAGAGCUGUUGCUCCUCACACCACUUGUAAAGCCAUUGCCGGCGUCGAGCUUGACAAAGAGCAUCCUCCAGGCAAAAGACGCUCAGAUGCUUGCGCCCACGGCUCACGAUAAGUGGUUACACAGGGAAAAGGGCGCCAUUAUGAGUGGAGAAGGCGUCUUUCGAGAGUUUGGGCGUUCUCUGGCGAGAGCUCGACAUGGCAAGCUCCUCCAUACCAGCUAUACUGCGAACGGAGUCCGGCCAGUUCACGAGAACCUCAUCCAUAGAGCCUCUUGUAUCAUCAUCGUGACUGCCGAUGCCAACAGAAAUCUGUAUCAAGCCGGCUUCACUAAGCACGUCGAGAUGAUGUGUUCCAUGCUGCGCACGCGCGGCCAGAAGAAGUCGGUCAUUGUCGUGGCCGUCAGCUCACCAUACGACUUCGCCAUGGACAAGUCUAUCGGCACUUACAUUUGCACGUUCGACUUUACAGAAAACGCCAUGCAUGCACUGGUCCGCGCUCUGUGCGGCGUGUUCGUGCCCAAGGGGACGCUUCCGGGGACACUGCGGAAGAGCAAGAAGGUCCUCAAAUCCCGGCAGCACUGGAUCGUUGAAGAAUUCGACCGCGAGCGAGACACUCAGGGACUUGAAGAGCUCAUCAAAGCAGUCGCUCGCGCAAACACCAUCGACUUGGGCCACCUGGAGAACAUGCCAGCUGGAUGCUUCGAACUGUUCAACAAGGACGUCGAGGAGGCGCAUUUCGUGGUCAGAAACAGCAGCACGCAUGCCCUGUAUGGCUUUGCAGCGACCUAUUUCCUCGAAGGUAUCGGCAUUCUCGGUGCCAUCUUCGUGGACCCGACGAAGCGGAACGUCUCGGUCGGACGCUCCCUUCAUCGACGAGCUCUGCGGUACCUGACCGGCAAGCGGGGUGUCAAGAAGCUGCAGCUGGGCACGACGUUCCCCGGCAUCUUCCUGGGCAUACCGAUUGACGAGGGCGGAGUGAAGAACUGGUUCGCCAACAACGGCUGGGAUGUGCAAUUCCCGAAGCGGCUGACCAAUUUGAUCAUCAACGAUCUGAGCAACUGGAUCAUCCCCGAGGGCCUACUCCAGAGUGUCCAGCGGGCCAACCUGAGCUUUGAUCUCAUCCACGGUCUUGACAAUGCCGACUUGGUGCUGGACCUCGUCAACACCCACGCAAACCCCGAGGUCUUGGAGCUGUACAGGUGUGCGUUGCAGGAGACCAAGGCGUGCGGUAUCGUGAGGGCCAAGGGUCCUGGAGAUGCGAUCCUGGGUACCAUCAUCAUCUGCAGACCAGGCAGUCCGCUGUCGAACUUCAUCCCGGCCCUUGUGCCGAUUGGUGAUGAGGAAAUAGGAGGUAUCCUGGCACCCGUCGUUAAGUCGGGGUUGCAGGACACUCUCGUGCUCCAGGGGCUGGCUCUGAUGGGUGUGCGGCAGAACAAAGCACACAAGUCUGCCAAAACGGUGCUCAGCUGGGUGCAAGAUGACUCUUACGAACACGUCAUGGCAAUGGGAUUUGAGAUCAUGCAAGCAUACGAGGAGGUCACGAAUGCGCCAGAUAAUUGGACUGAUUUGAACUAG